UGACUUUCAAUUCACACAACACAACCCAAAACAAAGUCCCAGCUAAGCUUUUGACUUAUUUGGUUGUCAUCGCCUGGCAACCGUUUUAAACAGACUGUUUGUUGCCAGACAACAGCAAUAACAACAACUUGUAGUGCAAAUUUUCAUUUCAGUCAUGGCCAGCAGCGGGAGUCGUGUAGGACGCACCGCCUCCACGAUGAGCGGGGGUCAAAAGUCCCGACAAACCUUUCCGACCCGACAGCCUUGCUUCACGUUGAAGCGUCCGCUGAUCUUUCAGGUGCGCAAAUCACUGGUGGAAUAUGUGGACGACGAGCUGCUAGAGAUGAAGACCUCGGUGUUUUAUCAACGCAUUUUCAUACUCGCCAAGAAUGUGGAACGGGAACGCGAGAGCAACCAAACUACACAGGCCACACUUGCGGCACAUGCGGCCACAGCUGCCACAAUGGCUGCAUCGCGUCCUCAGCUGGAUGGCGAUACGGCCACCUUGAAGACAGCCGAAGUGAUGGGCGGAGGCGAUGAUGAGCACUAUUCACAGGCAUCCACAGUGGAAGAGUUGCCGACGCAGCCCAAGCUGGAACCUGAUGAUCCGCAGGAUCCUGAAAAGGAGACGUUGACACGCACUUUUAACUUUGAUUUCGACGAUGAUGCUCAAGGCGAGGAUGAAGCCGAAGAGCUGGAGGCGGAGGCAGAGCUCGAGGCAGGACCCAAGGACAGAUACACACUGUUCACCGAGAAGCUGCAGGAGUUGCAGAAAAAGUGUCGCUACUUGUCUUAUACUCCUGAUCCCAUGUGUGGACUGCUUGUCUAUAUGAAUGAUUAUACAAUGCUAAUGCUGGAGAGUGGCGAAGACAUGAUGGGCAUCUUUUGCGGCGAGCUCUUGAAGUGCAUCGGCGACUAUUGGCAAUCGAAUCGUGUGGUGCUCAUCGAGGAUCACAUUCAGGAUCUUUACACUAGGGAGCUUGUCUUUCGCCGCAUUCCAGCCGCCUUUCUCAACGAAAAGUUUCCGCCCUCGACGCCCACCGAUGAGUAUUUGAUGGGCAAACAGCAUCUGAUCAUCAAGGAGAAAAUGCACACCAUCUGCAGCCUUGUGCACGACAGCCUCGAGCCGCGUGGCUUGACGGCCACAGAUCUCUCACAUGCCGAAUCCACAAUGGGCAUGGAUCCACCCUCCGAUAACGAGGGCGGCUUCGAAGGCAGCGAGGAAGAUCAUCCGCCGCGUGUUUCCUACCAGGCUAAGACCAGUUUAGCAUUAGCCUCCACUCAACUGGCUCCGGAUGUGUUUCGCAAACUGCUGCCGGAGAUUCAACGCAUUGAACUUGUGCUCGCUUCCACGCGCUUCUAUUACACGCUUCAGGAGUUUACUGAUCUGUAUGGCAAGGUGCCGUUUGGCCGCGACGACGAUAGCUUCUAUUGGCCGAUACAGAACAACUAUGCGCCGCCCAACAUCUUUGUGCGUACGCCGUUCGACAUUAAUCUGACAUUCGCCGACUAUUCGGCGCAGAUGAAUCGUCGCAUGCAGGAGGAGCAGGAGAAGCACAAGGCCGAGAUGGAGGCAGCUGCUGUAGCUGAGGCCAUGGAUCAGUCGCAGGAUGGUGGGCAACCACGACACACUAAUCAGCCCAAGGAGGCGGAAGCGGAUGUACUUCAAUCUCAUUGCAUAUUAUCAGCCAUCCAAGCGUCGUUGCUCUUUCUCGCUGUUGUCUCGUUGUUGUAUCUCGCUUAUCUGCCCCAAAACUCGAAUUCGGUUACAAUGUUUUCGGCAUUGCGCACAUGACUGCAUUCGCCGUGUGUGUAGGAGGCAUUGGUUCAGUGGUUGCCCCACUUCCUUCCCCCCACUACAUCCCUUUCUCCACCUUCUUCCUUCCACUUUUGUGUGUGGAUAUGAGUGUCGCCUCGCUUACCUCGCUUACUUGUUUUGCGCUUGCCACUUGAAUGGCUCGACUUUGUUAACAUAAACAUAAAUUUGUGCACAUCCUUAAACCAAAACACACACACACUUAUUCUCAUACACAUACACAUAAUGAUAAACAAAUACAUAGAGCGCGCCAGCUGUCAGUUGUAAUACCGUUAGCUUGCAGCUGUCAAAAGCCGUUGCUGUCAUUUUAAGUCAGUUGACAGUCCAAAAGGCAAAUACACACACACACACACACACACGCACACACAAUCACACACUCACUCAGAGUGACUUGUAAGCUGCAAGAGCAGAAAUCAUCAAAAGCGAGGAAACAAAAACUAAGCUCGGUUUAUUUUGGGGCUGCAAAAAAUACAAAACUCUUUAUGAAUAAUUUUUUUCUGCUGAAUUUGUAAAUGAAAUUUAGCGCAACUUUUGUGGCGGCAAAUAAAAUGUAAAAAC